AUGAACCAAAUGAAUAACGACAAUCUAAGCGAAAAUGUUCGGAAGGUUCUAGCCAAAAAGCAGAGGAAAAAACUUAAAGAAGAACAGGAAUUAUAUAAAGCCACAAAAGCCAUCAGUACGCAAAAUAAUGCACAAAGAAAAAUAAAUGCACAAAAUCAGCUAUCUUCCAGCAGUUUUGUCGGCAAAAUAAAAGAUAUUAACAAAUCAUUUCCACAUAUGCGAAACAAGGAUGACAAAAAUUAUAUGAAAGAAAAUCGAAAAAAAAUUCAAGAGAAAAUAUCUCUUCAAAAGAAAUUAUUAGAAGAAAAGGAAAAAAUCAAAAAUAAAAAGCCAUUCAAAAUGAAAAAAUUCCAAAAUGCCACUUCUAAAGUAGCUAAAAACUUACAAAAAAUGGGAAACACUAACGAGACAACUAUUGUUAGGGAAACACAUCUCAAGCAAAAUGACACGGGUGUCACUUCGAGACUAAUGAAUCAUGCUCAUGAAAAAUGCCAACAGAUGGGUGCCAAAAAUGUGCGAGCGGGAGAAGUAGAAUAUGAAGAAGGGGAAGAAGGAGAGUAUGAAGACGUGGAGGGAGAAGAGUAUGAAGAAGUGGUGGGAGAAGAAUAUGAAGAAGUCGAAGGAGAAGAAUAUGAAGAAGUGGAGGGAGAAGAAUAUGAAGAAGUGGAGGGAGAAGAAUAUGAAGAAGUGGAGGGAGAAAAAUAUGAAGAAAUGGAGGGAGAAGAAUAUGAAGAAGUGGAGGGAGAAGAAUAUGAAGAGGGGAAAAACGUAAAAUGUGAAGAAGAUGACGACGAAGAAGUGGAGCAUGAGGAUGGAGAUUUUAAAAAUGAGAAGCGCGAAGAUACAGUGGCAAAAAGAGAAAACAACAUCAUAGACAAGUUGAAAAAACGGGAAAGCGAACUGCGAAGUAAGGACCGAGGAAAAAGAGAAAAUCUGCAUAAGAGUUUUGGAAAACUCCCCAGUUAUAUUUUGAAAAAAAAAAAGGAUGUUAUAGACGAAUCUGCAGAUAUUCCUGAGGGAUAUCGAAUUCUAAAGCACGAUGAGAGGAAAUAUGUCUUGAAAGAGUUACAUUCCCAAUUGACAGAGAUGAAGGAGGAGUAUAAGAAAAACAAGGAUAACGAGAAGAAAAUUGAACUGGGGAAAAAGCUGAAAGAAAUAAAGGAGUCGAUAGAGUUGUUCAGCAAUCCUCAUGUUAUUGUAAAUCAGAAUUUUUAG